GUCUGGGGUGGGACCCCCUUGGUGUUUCCGCUCUCUCAAUGCCCAUUCUGUGUGGGUUCCUGAUUCUCUGCGGGUUCUUUCCUGCUGAGGACAAUUCUCUUCCUGUCCCAGCCUGUGAUUGGGGGCUGAGGCCAGGGCUCUAGUGGUUUGGGCCCCAGCCUCAUGGGUGGAACGCGCCAGCCACCCCCAGGCUAGACGAGGGGGCUAAGGGUCAGGGUAGGCAUUUGCUGUGCCCCUUUUUGACCUUUGUAGGCCAGAGCUGGGUGAGGGGCUGGACAAUGGGCCUCCUCUUCCUUGAAAGAAGGAAUCUUGGUGGAGACAAUAAGGCCCUGUCUGCUCUGGCAUGGGGGGCGGUGGCUGACUCAACUUUGCAUACCCCCCACCAGGCCCUAACAAAUGUCAUCAAGAAAUGGGGGCAAUUUUCCCUUUACUGCCCUGGGCAGUCCCCACCACACCCUUCUUUCUUUCCUCAUCUGAUCUUGCCUUUUCUCCCAUGACUUGACCCCAUUUUGUUCUCUGCCAGCUCUGCCUUUUCCUGCCCCUCAGUUCUUCCCCAGUCUGUGUUGGGUUGAAGGGUGGAGGGCAAGGGCCAGGGGUGCUGCUGGUGUUUAAAGCUAGGAGUCUCUGCUGAUUUGGGGGAGUUCCAAAAAUAGGGGGCCUCCUAGGGUUGAGAAGAGACUUCUAAGGGGCCCUUUGCUUGGCUGCGGGGGUGAAGGUAGUGGGAUCUGGACCCCACUGAACUGACCAAGCUCCAGCUGUGGAGGAGGCUUGUGGGAGGGGGCAGGAAUGGGAGGGCUCUGUCUGGCCCGCCCCUCCUCUCCUUUGCAGCCCGCGCAGCCCGCGCAGCCCGCCCCCCAGUCUGAGCUGCUGCUUCUGAGGCUGGUGGCCUGAAGUCUCCAGGAGAGGGGGAAAGACAGCUGGCAGAGUCUGAAGUCAAGGAGAAACAUGGGGUCCAGGGCUGAGCUGUGCACUGUCUUAGGCGGACUCUCAUUCCUCCUGCUACUGAUGACAGGCGAGGGGGCCAAGGGUGGAUCCCUCAAAGAGAGUCAGGGGGUCUGCUCCAAGCAGACGCUGGUGGUCCCACUCCGUUACAACGAGUCCUACAGCCAACCCGUAUAUAAGCCCUACUUGACUCUGUGCUCUGGAAGGCGUGUCUGCAGCACCUACAGGACCACGUACCAUGUGGCUUGGCGGGAGGUGAGGAGGGAGGUGCAGCAGACCCACGCCGUGUGCUGCCAGGGCUGGAAAAAGCGGCAUCCCGGGGCGCUCACCUGUGAUGAAGCCAUCUGCGCCAAGCCCUGCCAGAACGGAGGCGUCUGCGUUCGGCCAGACCAGUGCGAGUGCGCCCCGGGCUGGGGUGGGAAGCACUGUCACGUGGACGUGGAUGAAUGCAGGGCUGGCGUCACUCUCUGUUCGCACGGAUGCCUCAACACAGCCGGCAGCUUCACCUGUGGCUGCCCACAGGGCCUGGUGCUGGGCCCGGACGGGCGCACUUGCGCAGAAGGGGCCCCAGAGCCCCCAACCAGUGCCAGCAUCCUCAGCGUGGCCGUUCGGGAGGCUGGACACGGUGAGCGUGCCCUGAGGCGGGAGAUUCGCGAGCUGCGAGGGCGCCUGGAGCGGCUGGAGCAGUGGGCCAGUCAGGCUGGGGCCUGGGUCCGAGCAGUGCUGCCCAUGCCCCCAGAAGAGCUGCAGCCCGAACAGGUGGCAGAGCUGUGGGGCCGAGGCGACAGGAUUGAGUCUCUCAGUGACCAGGUUCUGCUGCUGGAGGAGAGGCUGGGUGCCUGCUCCUGUGAGGACAACAGCCUGGGCCCAGGCCUCAAUCGGCGGAGCUAAGGAGCCUCUGCAGAGCCCCUGCCCCACUAAUUUAUACAGAAACUGGACCCACUAAUCCUCUGGGAUUGGCCGGCUGGGGAGCUGCAGAUAAGGCUCUCUGCCACUAAGGAGCAAUGCACAAUGGAAACUUUGGAAAGCUGAAGAAAGGAGGAAGGCGGGUUGUCUUGCCUGCCCCUGGGUCUUCCGGCUGGGGCAGCGGCCUGGAUGAGAACUGCUUUUUUAACUCCUUAACAAACGCAGCCAGAAAAGUGCCCAGAUCUCUCUCAAUCUUUAUUCUCGGUUUCUUGCUGUUAUCCAGAUAAUUAAUAAAAAUCAACCACGCAAAA